AUGGCGCAAGAAACUGUGGAUGAGCCCAUGGAAGAUGCUCCUGCAGGCGCCGAAGCCAACGAUGCCGACUUCGUCUACGAGAAGCAGAGAUUGAGAGUGCUUCCUGGUAGUUCCGACACAGCAGCCUCGUUUGCUUUCGAAAGGGAAGACCACACUCUAGGCAAUGCACUACGAUAUAUGAUCAUGAAGAACCCUGAAGUGGAAUUCUGCGGCUACUCAAUACCUCAUCCAUCCGAAGCCGUCAUGAACUUGCGCAUACAGACGUGGGACGGUGCCAAUGUCAACGAUGUCCUACGCAAAGGCCUUGACGACCUGGCAGACCUCUGCGAUGUGGUUGAGGACAAGUUCACAGCAGCACGAGAUGAGUUCAAUGCCACACAUCCUGAUCGUACCACGGAUAAACGAUGA